CACAGUGUGACGAGGGGAUGUCUGGCUAUUAAUGUUACACAACCUGACAUCUACGUCAGAGGGAAGAAGCGAACUUCCUCCCCCAGUGAAGGUGCGGUUGACAGAGUUGGUCAAAGGCAGGUGUGGGAGGAGGUGAGGGGUAGGGUUGAUGGGAGGUAGUGUGUGGGCAGAGGAAGAAGGACGAUUAAAUCCGUCUCCUGUUCCCGCCUACCCGCUAGAUAUGACCAAACCUCACAGUUCUGACAGCCAUCACAGUUUACUCACAGUUUACUCACAGGCUCAGUCAGGUGCUCAGUCCACUCACGCGUGACGGUCCGCUGGCUGGCGGCGUGUGUGAAGUUGUGAAGUUUACAACUAUUGACUCCUCUGAACGAACAGGGUGGAUACGGAUCAACACCAUUAACGGUCGACAUCGGGUUCAGGGAAAAACCGGCGGAGGCUUUGCUCGGGUGGGAAUAUAAAGUGAGGAAGACGGGUGCAGCGAGCAAACAGUUGAGACCGCGGGUGCCGUGUGCAAACAGCCGACACUGUGGUGGCCAGAAGUGAAGGGAGACACAUAUAUACAUACAUAUAUCUACAUCUGAGGGGCUGUGUUUGUGUGUUAGUCUUGUCGUGUUUGACGAAGAAGAGCCGAGGAUACGGAUCUCCGCUCGGUUGUCGUUAUUUCAAGAAAACGCAACGAUGAAGAUCUUGUGGAUACUAGCGGUUACCAUAGCAACAGUGACACACCUGUGGCAGUCAUCCUUCGCUCUGCUCACCACGCCGCUGUGGAAGGACCUGGUGGAUGACCUCCCGGUUCUCCCCCUGCCUGAAGAUUUCUCUUCUCCAGAAGACCAUCAUGAUAAGAGGAGCAUCUGUACCAUGUCCUCAUGUGGCGGGACGAAGAAUGUCACCCUGUAUAAAGAGGUUGCCAGGUACUACAAGAGACUCUUCUACUCGACCCAUGACAUUUUUCGUCUCAACUGCGAAGCCAACCCAUGGAAAUGCAUGCGGUUGUCGGAGAAGGGUGCAUUGUCUUUGAUAAACCCCACGACCCUGGGAAACUCCGACUUCGAUCAGUGCUGCAGGACGAUACGAGUCUUCCAGACUUAUUCCGGAACUAUGACAACCUCCACUGGAGUGCAGUGUAAUGUGUUGACCCUAAACAACUCCUUCCAGGUGGUUCACGUCGGCACGUGCGACACGAGCAGCGCCAACGGUUGUAGCGGCACGUGCCGACAGGAGAUGUCGAAGGUGUCGCUGCUGUGUGUCCGCGGGGGGUCGGUGGAGUUCAACCUCUUUGACGUUCCUUCCUACUGCUCCUGCAAGGCCGGCUGAACGGUGACGUUGCUGAAAAUGUUUGACAGGACUUCCGGCCAGUUGUCCCGGCUACACCAACCAUCGUGCCCAAACAGCAUUCUCACCUUUUUUUAAAAAAAAAUAAUUUUUGAGCAUCACAACGUAGGGUUGACAAUGCGUGUAACGAUUAAAAAACUGGCCCCGAACAUAAUGUUUAUCAGAAAACAAAAUUACAUCAACGAAUUCGUGUAGCUGACAGAUUUAUGCUGUGAGGUUUGUUUCCGUUGGUUUUCUCAUUAUGGGGAGCAGUCGUAUGCCGGGGCAAUGAUGAGGGUCACGUGUUUCAUUUUGAGGCUCCGUACAGACACGUGGCAACCCUCAGCUCACUGGUGGGGGAACUCACUGACCCAUUCACUGUGAGAAAUGUGUUACAAGACCGUGCUGGAGGCUGGACAAUAGCGUAUGAAAGAAACCCUCUUAUGAAAGUGAUUGGAGUGACUGGACAAAUGGAUUUUGUGGAAAAUAUUCAAAUUCUGAUUAAAAAGGGAAAUGUGUUGAGCAAAGAGCUGACGAAGAAGAUGGUGGCAGAGGCAGAGAGACUGCAUGUACAGAGGUUGUGUAUUUUGGUUUGUAUAUGGGGCGAGUUGACGCCAUUUGCCGUCUGUGACCCAAUCUUCAUCCCCUUGCUCCUUCUUUCUAUCUCUGGUUCU